AUAGUUAUAAUUUAUUGUUCAUUGUCUAUCGUAAAAUCAUAUUUUUUUGGUGUAAAGUCUUUAAUACAUUACAUCAAUUGGUAAUUUGCGGCGUAAUGUGAAUCUCUUAUUUUUCCUACAUUUCAUUGCAAGAUUUAGUUUCACAUAUAAUAGUAAUUCAAAUUUAAUAAUCAUCCAUAUUUAUAUUUAAGAAAAAUAAGUGUGGAUUAGUUGAUAUAUUCAUGUAAUCAUAUAUAAAUGUCUUCGGCUUUUGUACUUUUUAUCAUUGUUCCAAAAUAACCACAACUUUAUCAAAGGUUAACCUAAAAAGUAUCUGGUGAAAUAUCUUUAAAAUUAAACAAUUUUCCAUUUACCGUGAUAUUAUUAGUGCUAAACAAAUAAAAUUUAGUUCUGUAGAAUUUAAGCAGAUACUAUGAUGUAAUUAAUUUAAAGUGAAAUUAAUUACCCCUUAAACUUAGACUGCUACAAUUCAUCAAUCAAAACAAAUUAUUAAUGAAUAUCAAGUGACGGGAGUCCAAAAUGAAAUAUAUGAGAUACUUUACCAACUCUACAUAAGAGAAAAUAAUAAACAAAAUAUUUGCAAUUAUUUUCCUAUGACAAUCGGUAACUCUAGAAGGUUGUGCAGUAAAAAAUUGCUUCAAUGGCUUAACUAACUUUUCAUAUAGCAUCUAGUUGAAAGGUGCAAAAUUAAUUGUUAUUAAAUGAUUAUUCUUAAAUCUAAAUUUAUCAAGAAGUAUAUGCAGCGCUCAAGGAAAGCUUUGCAAUGUUAUUCUCAAUUAAUACAUCUAUCAGCUUGUGAUUUAUCUAUGCAAUAGAUUUUAGAAUUUUCCAGAUAUUUGAAAAUGCUAGAUGCAAAGAAAAUAUCCUCUUAGAUUUCAAGGAGAUUUGUCAAAGAAAAUUUAAACGUAGAAACCCAUAAAGCUUUUGAUUUAAUUUGAUAGUGAAGCAGUUGGACAUGGAAACAGGAGUUGAAGAUCACCGAGGGAAUGAUUCAGAAGAUUCUAUCGAAAUGAAAGCUGCAAAAAGUUGUUUCAAAAAAAUAUCUAAGCAUAUCGUAACCGCACAUUUAAAGUUUGAUUUAAUCAGUUUGAAGUAUGCCAAAGAACAUUUUCUUUUUUGCAAUUCUGCUCAGAGAAAAGUAGUUUUACUAUAUAUGCACACUUCAAAAGAAGAAUUUUCCAAUAUAUUUAUGAAUAAAUUAAGAAAUCCAGAGAUAUCAGAUAUACUGUGUGAAAGUUUUGUUUUUAUGGGAUGGGAUUUAGACAACAAAGAAUGUCACUCCUCCCUAAAAGAAACCCUAUUAGAAGUUGAAUUAGAACAUUUGUGUACCUUGGUAGACACUCAAACUUGUGCUGUUGUCAUUCUGCAAAAUAUAAAUGAACGAAUAAAAGUUGUAUCCUGUCUUAUUGAAGAAAGCCCAGAUGGAGUUGAAGAUACAUUCCUGUUAUGCUUGAAGAAUAGUCGCGAUUUUUUGAUUAUGCAAAGGAGAAUUGAGCACAGAGAUGAUUUUUCAGAGAAUAACGAUAUAGAUGCAGAAAAGUUUCAAAGAAUAAUGGCUGAUAUGCUGGGAGAUCGAGAUUAUGAUAGUUUUGCUUUUAAUCAACAUUUGUUUUUGAAAGAUAAGAUUGGCUAUGCCCUUUUUGGACAACCGAUGGAAGAAAAUGGUUAUUCUGAUAAUCAGAAUGAACAAAUUGACAAGAUUUUCAAAAGUAUCUUGAAACAUAACAAUUUGUAUGCUGAACAUAUAGAUCAAGUGGAAAUCUCUUUUAUAUAUAAUGUCAUGGAACCACUUCCAAAUGAAAAAAAAUCACGAGCCAAGAAAUAUCCAAAUUAUAAUCCAAAAGUUGACAUUAGUCCAGUUCCGAUAUUUGUUUUAAGAAAAUGUAAGGAUUCUGAAGAUCCAUGCAGAAUAUUUAUAGAUGAAAUUGGUAGGGUAUAUGAUACUUGGCAGUUGUAUAUUGAAAAUAACAAACUGCCAGAAUGCAUAAUGAUCUUGCCAAAGAAUGGAAGAUAUGAAGUACAAGAAAAUAGAGUCAUAUUGGAGAAUCAUAAAUCUCCUGCAUGUAAUACAAGUAAAACAAUAUUAAAAACUGGAGAUAUUGCAAGUACUAUUGGAGGUGUUGGAUCUGGAGUACUUUUAUUGGGAGCAGGAGUGGCAAGCAUACCAGCUAUUCCAGCUAUAGCUGUCGGUGCAACUGUAGUAGGAACAAUAUCGGGAUUAUAUAGUAUUGCUAGGAGUAGUUUCCAUCUUGCAGAUCGUGUGAAGCACGAUGAAGAUCUAAAUUUUAAAAAUUCUGAAGCUCGAGGUAUUUACUUUAAUAUCCUUGCUGGAGCCUUCGGCUUUGUUGGUUUUGGUGCUAAUGCUUUAGUUUCUCAACUAGUUAGUCGAGGGGUCAACAUAGGGAAGGGAGUUGGAGCCGUGGUAAAUACCGUCGGUGUGGUUAAUAUUGGAGUCAGUGGUGCUAGUAUAAUAAAUUCAAGUUAUGAUGUAUGUGAUCAGUGGUUCAAUCGUAACCAUAAACCCAACUUAUUGACUAUCGUGCAGUUGAGCUCAUCAAUAUUAUUCUUUGGAAAUGCCGUUUACAAUUUCAAAUCUUGUGAAACUAUGAUUGAUGAAUCACAAGCUCAAGUUCUACAAGAUUAUCAAGAAUCAUUGAGGAGUAACAGGCACAGACAAACUUUCAAUAAACUGAUGAAAGAAACUAUUAGACAGAAUGAAGGUAACCAAGUGAAAGGUAGAGCAGAAGUAAUCAAAACCAUAUGUAAUAUUCCCCAGAAAGAUGAAAUAUUUGCCGCUUUGACAAGAAACAAUAAGUUGAUGAACAAAAAAGAUAUAAAGUUCUCUGCAUCUAAUGGAGAAAUAAGUUUCAAUGGAAAAAUAGUUAAUAUUAACGAUUUUAGUGCCUUGAAUAAGCAACAAGCUGAAGCCUUUUUAUCAAACUUACCGACUGAAAACACCAUAUCUAGUAAUCAAACUACAAAUUUCAUAAACAAUUUUUCUUUGAACAGUUUAAAUUUGCCUAAUGUUGAAGAAUUCGCACAAUACUCUUUGCAUCUCAUUGCUGCUUUCGGAACAGAUAUACAGGGUAUGUUAGUGAAAACACUCAAAGAUGUCAUAGGCUUAACUAUUGAGUACUUUAAAGAUCUCUUGGAUGAAUUAUUUCCUAACAGAGGUGCCGAACAUCAUCUAUUGAACGUAGUUAUGGAGUAUUUUGGAGGUAAAGCUGCUGACUAUAUGAAAAAUUACGAUUUAUGGUGUCAAACUGGUAGUCCUUAUUACUACAAAGAGGAGUAUGUAGACAUACCCCUCCAAAAAACCGAAAGAUACAUUUGGAUUUUUUCGAUGAUCGUGAAAGUAUUUUGCAAUGGUGAUAAUGUAUCGAAAUAUGACAUAAUGGAUAUUACAAAAUAUGUGGAAUCUUGGAUUUUCCGUAAGUUUUAUACAAAUCAAAGAAACGAGGAAGAAAACAGUCAGAGAGCAGCACAUUCGCCGAAACGAAAAGCUACCAAGUGCCUUAAAUGUGAUGGAUGGUAUUUUCAGUGAAAAUUCCUGUAAAAAAAAUAAGUAUUACCUAAAGGGAAUACAAUAUUGAGUAAUUUUGAAGUAGUAAAUAUCUCGAUAGCUGAAAAAUAGAUCGGAGCGUCAUAAAUAAGAUGAACAAUUAUGUAGCUACAAGCAGUGAAACAACAAAAAACAUGAAUUUAAUUAAUAAUUAAAAAUUUUAAAAAUUUACAAAAUGUUUCAAAAAUUUUUAAUGACAUUUUAAACUUUAGGAUCCUAUAUUUCAGAAAAGGGAUACCGAAUAUUUUUUAAAAUAUAUAUGUAUUCAAUAAUUUAUUAAAACAGGUUUCUAAUGGA